AUGUCGACGAAACAGAUUCCCCUCCGCACUUUAGGCAAAGAUGGUCCGCGAGUACCAGCCAUGGGCUUUGGCCUGAUGGAGAUGUCGUGGCAAACUUAUGGUACGAGCCCUAGCGAUGAACAGCAGUUUGCUAUCCUCGACCGUGCCCUGGAGCUGGGAGCAACAUUCUGGGACACAUCGGAUCUCUACGGCGACAACGAGAAGCUCCUGGGGAAAUGGUUUCAACGCACCGGGAAGCGUGAUCAGAUCUUCCUCGCAACAAAAUUCGGCUUUGUGGGCGGAUUGAAGACGGAUAGCUCUGCCUCAUAUUGUAAGAAGGCUUGUGAGGAGAGCCUCAAGCGUCUCGGUGUCGACUCGAUUGAUCUGUACUACCUGCACAAUGCCAAUCCGGAAAUUCCGAUCGAAGAGACCAUGCGAGCUUUGCUAGAGUUGAAGCAGGAGGGCAAAAUCAAGCACAUCGGGCUAUCAAUGGUUUCGUCUACCACGCUCCGUCGUGCAUAUAAGGUUGCGCCGGUCACCGCUGUCCAGCCCGAAUAUUCGGUGGUCUGUCGCCAUGUCGAGGGCCCUGCCGGUACAGACCUCCUAGCCACCUGUCGCGAGCUAGGAGUCGCGCUGGUAGCUGCCACACCUCUAGGACGAGGCUUGCUCACAUCCACGUUCAGCCGAGGUGAUGAGGUGGGUGAUGAACGGGACAUGCGGGUGAAAGUGAUGCCUCGUUUCCUGCCAGAGAACCGGGAGCAGAACGUCCGAGCUGUAUUGCAGUUUCAGGAGCUUGCCGAGAAAAGAGGCUGCAGCGUAUCCCAGUUGGCCCUCGCAUGGCUCCUGAAGCAGGGAGAUGACAUCGUCCCCAUUCCUGGUACGAAACGGGUAAAGUACCUGGAGGAGAAUUGGAAAGCGCUCGACAUCUCGCUCACAGACAAGGAGGAUAUGGAGAUCAAAGCCUGGGCGAACUCGGUCAAGAUAGCUGGGGGUAUAGUGCCGGACCGGUAUGCAGCUUCCGUAUUCGUCGAUACGAAGGAGGAGGGUGUCUAG